AUGUUAACACCAGAAGUUGUUGAAGUACCUGUUGGAACUGUUACAGCAAGAGAUGAUGUAAAACCAGAAGUUGUUGAAAAGAGAUUGAUUGUAAACAACCAAGUUGUUGAAGUACCUGUUGGAAUCUUGUUACAGAAGGAGAUUGAUGUAACACCAGAAGUUGUUGAAGUACCUGUUGGAACUGUUACAGAAGAGAUUGAUGUAACACCAGAAGUUGUUGAAGUACCUGUUAGAACUGUUACAGAAGAGAUUGAUGUAACAUCAGAAGUUGUUGAAGUACCUAUUGGAACUGUUACAGAAGAGAUUGAUGUAACAGCAGAAGUUGCUGAGGUAGCUAUUGGAACUGUAAUAGAAGAAAUAGAUAUAACACCAGGAGCUGCUGACAUACCUGUCGGGUCCAUCACAGAAGAAUUUUAUUCAACACCAUUAGCUGAUGAGUUACCUGUUGGUACAGUUACAGAAGAGGUUGAUUCAACAUCAGAAGUUGUUGAGGUACCCGAUGGAACUGUUACAGAAGAGAUUGAUAUAACACAAGUAGCUGUUGAGUUACCUGUUGCAACUGCUACAGAAGAGAUAGAUUUGGCAGCAGAAGUUGAGGUACCUGUUGGAAUUGUUAUAGAAGAGACAGGCUUAACACCAGAAGUUGUUGAAAUAUCUGUUGGAACUGUUACAGAAGAGAUUGAUAUAACACCAGAAGUUGUUGAGGUACCUGUUAGAACUGUUACAGAUGAGAUUGAUAUGAAACCAGGAGUUGUUGAAGUACCUAUUGGAAUUGUUACAGAUGAGACAGAUAUAACAGCAGAAGUUGAGGUACCUAUUAGUGGAACUGUUACAGAAGAGGUUAAUGUAAUCUCAGAAGUUGAGUUAUCAGUUGGAACAAUACCUGAAGAUACUUACGUAUCAUCAAUAUCAGAAGCUUUUGAAACUUCUCCAGGUAACAUUGGAGAGGAAGUUGAAAUCAAACUUGGCAAGGUUUUGGAAGAUAACGAAAUGUCCUCUGGUGUUAUUAGUGAAGAGAUUGUGUCAGAACCUAGUUUGGAACUUUAUUUUGCUUCUGGCAGUGAAAUUACUGUAGAUGAUGUUUUUGAGGAGAUUGAAAUCAUACCCAAAUUAGUUCUGGAAGAUGAUAAAUUGGUUCCAGUUGCUUUUAUAGAGCAGAUUGACAGUAAACCAGAAAAACUUUUGGAAGUUGUUGAAAUUGUUGCUGGGACUGUAGUAGAAGAAAUUACAGCAAAAACUGAAUUAAAUUUGGAAGAUGCUGAAAAUGCACUUGCAGAAGCUUUGGGAGCUGGUAUAACAAUAGUGGAUGCAAUUUUUGGUGAAGAUGAAGUCACUGAUAAAGUAAUGGAAAUUUCUCAAGAAACUUUGUUGAAAGAUGUUGAAAUUUUACCUCCAACUGUAGAAUCACUUGAAGUAACCGAAACUGAUGUUGAAGGUGUUGGGACUGUACCCUCUGCUGUAGAAGAAACAACAGUUAUGUACAGUGAUGAUUUGGAAGAAAGUGAAAUUGGUCAGCGAUUUUUGGAAGAGGACACUCCCCUGGUAGGUAUAGAUGAGAAGAUCAAAACUAGGACAGAAGUAUUAGUUGAAGGAUUCACAGUUGAACUAGAAACUUUUAUGGAAGAAAUUAUGUUGAUACCAGAUGCUGCAGUUGCUGGAAAAGAGAUUUCUCUUGAAAAAGGUGCUGAAGGAAUUGAUGUUGGUGAAGGUGCUUUUAUUGAAGACUUGGAAAUUAUUGUGCCUGUUGAUGAAGAAAUAUAUUUAACUCAGGGUGAUAUUAGUGGCAGCACUGAUGUAAUCACUGAGCCUGAGGUAAAAGCUGAAUUGAUAGAAGAUAGUUCAUUAGAAACUACCAUUGUGUCUGAAGUUGUAGAAAAACGACUUCCAGAGCCAUUAGAGGUGGAGAAGAAAGACUUUGAGGCAAUGGAAACUAGUAUCAUGGCAGAAAAUAUCACACAAAUUAUUUUUGAGGAACCUUUACAUGCCAUUGAUGUGGAAGAAGUGGAAAUUGAUUUUGAAAAAGUUGGUCAGGAGCAUGAGAGCCAUAAGGAGCUCGCGGUCACUAGCAGUUUCCUAACAGAGCAGUCAGCUGAUCCACUCGAAGAAAGGGCAGUGGAUGAACUUACUGAGUCAGGAUUACCUUCAGAAGAAAUUGCCAUCAAGCUUGUAAGUGAAAUGGAUGCUGUGAUACAAAUUGAUGAUGAUGGAAUGAUGACUAAGAGGACGGAAGAAAACGUGCCUAAAGUUGAAGAGCCACAGGUUGGAUUAAGUGGACCCAUGUCUGAGAUAGUCCUUGAUGGAGUGGAUGAUGAAGCUCAUAAAAUAAUAAUUAAAACGGAGAGUAUACCGUUGAGGGAAGCUGAAAGCAAGUCACAGAGUGUAGAAGCACCCGAUUCUUUGGAAGUUACUGAAGCUGGAGACUUGAACAUGGCUGGUCAACCCUCUAUACAAGAUGGUUAUAAGGAAGCUUCUGUUAAACUGGAAAUUGUAUCAGAUGACAAGUCGAUUUCAAAGGCAGAGGAGUCGGAAAGUAUUGUCACUUCAUCGGAAUCGUCUGAUGGUAAUGAUGUUGCCAUAGAGGAAAAAAUCUUUGCUUCUCUAGUGGAGGUAAUGGAGAUGGCCAUGGUUGUGGCUGUAUCAGUGAAAGAUGCUGGUCUGGAGAUAGUGGCCUUUUUGGAAGAGGAGGCCCUGGACAGAGAGCUUGGAGGUGAAGGUGCAGUCAUGGAUGGAUCUGAAUCUUCAGAGGGUGAAUCGGCUGAUAUGUCAUUGUCUGAGGGUCUCUUAAAGACAUCACAUAAUCUGUGGUUGGCUUUAACAGGAGCUGUUCAGCUUCCUGAGGGCUUGGCAUUUGGCUUUGAGGCAGAAAUAGCAGAACCUCAAGUGUCCAAUGGCAUGCUUGUGUUUCUGUUGAUUGUUUCUGGCACAGUAGUCACCAUUUAUUUUGUCCAUCUUGUGAUGAUGGCAUGGCAUACAUUACUUUGUAAAAUCUCUCGGGAAGGCCCACUACUAGAAGCACUGAAUCGUAUCGACCAUGAAAACAGAGUGAAAGCUGAUGAAAAUGAGUCUCUUCAUGCAGAAUUAACAAAAGCUCGUGCAGAGUUAGAAAGUGUGGCUUCACGAGUAACCACGUCUAGUGGAGAUGUUAAUGAAAUUAGCUCACAACUGGAAAUGGUAAAGAAUGAGUAUGCUAAUGAAAAGAUCCAGCUAGAAGAACGAAUUGUACAGUUGGAACAUGAGCUUGAAGAAGCAACUACCAAUGGGUUAGAGAUGCACAAAAUGCUCUCUGAAAUGCUUGCAGCACAAAAAGAAGCUUCUGCUUUCCAGGCCUCAAUUGACCAUUUGCAAUCAAUGUUGGAUGGUCAGCGAGAGAAAGUAGAAACUUUAACUUCAGAUUUAGCAUUAAAGAAUAGAUUGAAUGAAGAGCUUCAUAGUGAAUUAUCAUCAUCCAUGGAGCGUGCAAAUAAACUUGAUUAUAUGGUGGAACAGUUAACUCACUCUUUAGAAGAGCUAACAGGUGUUAAAGGAGAAGCAAUAAGGAAAUUGCAAGAAGAGGCAGCUCUUGUAGAGGAGUUGAAGCAAGCCAACACAUCCUUGACACAGCAAACUGGCGAAUACGAUUCAAAAGUUACAUCAUUAUCUUCCGAACUUACUGACCUGCGAGAAACGAUUAGUCAGUUACGCGAAAGUGUUGAAACUAAAGAAUCAGAAUUACAGGUUGCAAAGGAAUGUCUGAAGCAACUGAGAUUGACCUCUUCUGAUGAUAGUGCAGCACCAGAUGAAGAGAAGUUAUCAGCUCUUUUUGAUGUGAUAAGGGUGAAGGCUGAAUUACAAAAGGUAAACAACGAUCGUCUUAAUCUGGUCGAACAACUACAGGAUGCAGAAAUGGCACAAAAGAACUUAGAAGAGGCAAUGGCUUCUAUCCGCACAGAAGUUACAGAAUUAAGAACUCACCAUGACGUGGCUAUUAGAGAAAAGCAAGAGGCCAUGAGUAAAUUAGAAGUCUUGACGAAGUACUUUGAAGAAAAAGAAGCACAACUUACAAAAGAACUGGAGUCACAAGAAGGAUUAAGAGUUAAUGCUGAAGGUUCUGCAGCUGUUGUUGCAAAGAAAAUUCAGAAUUAUGAAUUGGAAUUAGCAUCUUACAAGAAACAUAAAAAGCAUUCUACUUUCGUGGAUAUUAAGCCUAAGAGGCAGCUAUAUCAGUUACCUCCUGAGGUUAUCAAUCUCUCUGAUCUAUCUCCAACUACUGCCAAUGUUCCUCUGUCAGAUGAGUACAAAGUAGAAUGGGUCAAAGCUAGAGCAGAAAUGAAAAGGCGCAAGUCUUCAGCUUCUUCAACAGAUAAAUCUGAUAAAGCUAGUGUGUCCCCAACAUCAAACAGAAAUUCAGCUGGGUCAUCAUACCCAUCUUCUGAGUCUUUAGCUUGCCCUAGUGAUUCAUCCACAAAUCUGGUUGAUUCCCCCAUUCGACCGUGCCGUAGGAAAGAUGUUAAACUAAGUGAUGAUGAUGAUGCCAAAGAACAUAGAUUAAUUCGUGCACACACAGUAGAUGUUGUCCCAGCAGCAGCUGCAGUUUCAACUGAACCAGUAAGCAUCUCUGAAAUGAUUGAGAUAUCACCUUUGAGACCAUCUUCCUUAACUGUUAUGACAGGAUCUCAUCCUGUUUCUGUCGUUUAUUCUGCAUCUCGUCCUAGUGUCUUCCAUCGCACAGUCUCUCCUGUUGGAAGAUCUGGUUCAUUAAAUGAUGAUUUACCUAGCACAUUCUCUGAAAUAAAGAAAGAUAUCCCUGUUGUUACUGAGGAGAGAGUGAUGAAGAGAGAGCUUUCAAUUCCAAGCUUGUGCCUAGAUGAUGAUGUCACUGAAAGUGUCAAAGAAAGUCCUGCUUCUGAUGACUUCAAGAGCUCAGUAGCAGCAAUACGUAGUUUCUAUGAGGCCAAGAAGGGAAUUUUGUUGGGCAAAUCUAAGAAUGAACCAGGCUUCAGACUAAGAACACAAGUUGAAACCUUGCGAAAGGAAUUAGAAGAGCAGGAGGCCUCUUACAAAUCUCAGAUAACUAUUCAUGAACAAAAAGCCCAUGAAAAUUGGUUACAAGCGCGUUCAGCGGAACGCAAAAAUGAGGAACAGAGACAAGAAAACAGUCAGUUAAGAGGUAGACUGACAAUGUUACAGAAAGAGAAGGAGGAGGUCCAACAGUCCCAAGUCAACAUCAUUAAACCUACACCAAAACGUGUAGAUGCUAAUGGAACCAUGUCCUCUCCAAGGCCCAUGGUAGAUGGUGUAGAUGGUGAUCAUUCUGGCCCUCCAUCCCUUCACAGGGACCUAGAUUCUCCCCCCUAACCCCCCCCCCCCCCCUC